AUGAAGACUAUUGCAUUCCUAUUGUUCUCCGUUCUGCUGGGCGUCUGCUUUGCAGAAGAUUCUUGUCCUUGCACCAGAGAGUACAUACCGGUGUGCGCUUCCAACGGCAUCACCUAUGGCAACAAGUGCACCUUUAAAUGCGCCCAACGCAUCGACGCUGAUCUGAGGAUCCUCUACGACGGAGUCUGCAAAAAGGCGAGACAUUAUUUGGACAACUGCGAUUGUCCAGAUAUCGUCGAUCCAGUCUGCACGGACAGAGGAACGUUCGCCAAUAGAUGCUACAUCAGUUGCUACGAAUUGGACUAUCCCAACAAACCGGUCACCAUUCUGCACAAGGGAGUGUGCCCUUACCCUUUGGAAUAA